ACCCCGGCCCCGCGCCCACCCACCCCUUUUGCUCCCCUGCGCCCUUGCAGCCGUGCAAGCGGGGUAGAAGCGAGAUUUCGGGUUGCAGUCAGAUCGGCGCAUUGCAGGCGGAGCUGCGCGGCAUCCAGAAGGAGGCUUUGCGCGGGGGGCCCCAUGCAAAGAGCGCUGCUCUCCGGCUGCUCUGUUUGGAGUCGCUUUGCCAGGAUGAGCAGCGUCCCGGCCGGCCGCUCCCUGGCCGAGAAGGUGGCCCUGGUGACGGCCUCCACCGAAGGAAUCGGCUUAGCCAUCGCACGCCGGCUGGCACAAGAUGGGGCACACGUACUAGUGAGUAGCCGGAAGCAAGCCAAAGUGGACCAGACAGUGUCCGAAUUGCAGGCCGAGAAUCUCAGCGUGUCGGGGUUGGUGUGCCACGUGGGAAAGUCAGAAGACAGACAACAUCUAGUGGAUGUGGCCAUGGAGCGCUACGGUGGAAUUGAUAUUUUGGUCUGCAACGCGGCCGUGAACCCAUUUUUCGGAAAUAUGUUGGACGCCUCGGAGGAAGUCUGGGACAAGAUAUUGGAUAUCAACGUAAAGGCAACAGCAUUGCUAAUCAACCUGGUGGCUCCUCAUAUGCAGAAAAGGGGAAACGGCUCCAUCGUUAUCGUGUCAUCCGUUGCUGGAUAUAUGCCAUUUCCAAACAUCGGGCCUUACAACGUCAGCAAGACAGCCCUCUUGGGCUUGACACGCAACCUGGCCAUCGAACUGGCCCCUCACAUCCGUGUCAACUGUGUGGCGCCUGGUCUGAUCCGCACAAAAUUUAGCGCGUCUUUUUGGCAGGACGAAAACAUGGAAAGCAAAGCACUGGAAGUAAUGCGGAUAAGGAGGCUCGGAGACCCAACAGACUGUUCGGGCAUUGUCUCUUUCCUUUGCUCUGCCGAAGCCAGCUACAUCACUGGGGAGACGGUGGCGGUGGCUGGUGGCAUGCUGUCCCAUCUGUGACCAGAGUUCGUGUCGCCUUCCGAUUCAGCUAUGACGAUGGAUAGAUAAUCGCACAAAAGGAUCUCAGAAAUAAGAUAUGGGGAUGAUGGGGGGUGAUGGGGGGAGGGGUAUCCCAGCAGCUCCCAGCUGGGUUGGAGGUUGAAUCAGCUUCAAGAGAGGGAGGUGAACUUUCUUGAGAAGAAGGGAUGGCCAACAAAAAAUGGACCUCCUGCUAACCAAGUUUGAGGUUGGGUCAAGUUCAAUAGAGAGGGAGGUCAACUUCCUUGAAAAGAAGUGAUGGCCACCCCCCAAAAAUGGACCUCCUGCUAACCAAGUUGGAGGUUGGGUCAGCUUCAAUAGAGAGGGAGGUCAACUUUCUUGAGGAGAAAUGAUGGCCACUCCCCAAAAAUGAACCUCCUGCUAACCAGGUUUGGGAUGUAUGUGUCUUCUGUUGGGUUUUAGGUGGAAAACACAAGGAGGCUGUUGCACAUGGCUGAGUUGGAAGGAUUCAUUUGCGGAAUCCUUCAACCUCAGGAGAGCCCACCCACCCACGCACAAGCUGUCUCCGAGCUGUGUUAAGCGAGAGGUGGCUAGGUUGAUCCUGGUUUGUUUUAACUUCGUACCUCUUGGAGGUUGGGGACGGGGAUAUUGAGGGAGAUGUUGGGGAUACAGGAGGCUCCCCUAAUGCUUCUUGGGAAAUUAGGGGAGAGUCUUUCCAGGAGAAGGUCUUCAGUGGGGGGGAGGGAACCCAGCUUGGAUCGGCUCCAAGAUUGGGGGAACAGCCCAAAUCUGGGGGUGCAAAUAGUGCUUGGUGCUCAUUCCGCCCUGCCUCAGUCAGUGCCUUGUGUGUAAUAAUUAAAAUAAAGACAUAUUUGGAAUUGCA